AUUAUCAUCGGGCGGCCUACGUCGGAGCUCCGAUCCAUCACUUAGUCCUUAUCAUAGCGAGUGUGAGACUGUUACACAGCGGUGAACUAGUUUGUAAAGAUGUAUGUAUAUACCACCACACCUACUAAACCCACCCCUCUCCACUCUUCUUCUUCUUCUUCUUCUUCCGCCACAUUUAUUCCUAAAUUUCACCUUCAUUUCUCCACUCCUAACCCUAAUCCAUCCUAUCCUCAUCAGGUUAUCAAGCAUCGUCGUCAUCGAUUCGCGGUUCUGAGAUGCUCUCAUGCUUCAACUUCGCCACAAUAUGGAGGUACAUAUGAUCCGGAACUGAACUAUGUGCUUCAGCUUGCAACUGGUUCUGAAUUGUAUGAACUCAAACAAAUUCUUUUUGGCAAAAGUUAUUUCAGUCCAUUGUUGAAGUCAAUUGCAAGGCCUAAGGACAUCGACUAUGUCAUGAUUGAACAAGAUCCAGACGAAAGAGAUGACUUUAUUGCGAUGCUUGAAUCAAGAUUCUUUUUCCUUGCUGCUGAUGCACGUUCCACAUUAAGGGGUUGGAGGCCAUCAUAUAGGAAUGUGUUGCUGGGUGUACGAAAAAGGCUGAAAAUACCUUGCUCAGCCAAAUUGAAAACGGAAGACCUAGAAGUAGAGAUAUUUCUUUAUCUGCUGCAGGAUUACUCUAGUGAUGAAGCAGGAAGGCUAACCAAAUCAUUGACUCCUGAUGGUCAGGGUAGUUUAGAAAUUGGUCUCAGCCAGUGGAAAAUUCAAUCUGUUUCUGCUUUUAGGGCUGGAGCACUGGGACUCCGUUCAGUGAUUUUAAAGGGUGGUGGAAUUUUCACAUUAGGGAAGUUAUAUAAGUUGUUAGCAAGGGGGCUAUCUGGAAAAUUAUUUUUGGAAGCUGCCAACUAUCAGAUAAAGAAUGAAGUACUCAGGAAGGGUGGACACUUGGCCGCCAUUAACUUGGAGUCAAGAGCGGCCUUGCUUGCAGCAAAACAGGGUUUAACAGGUGCUGCAUCUAGGUACAUUGGACUUAGGAGCAUGAUGACUUUGUUCGGACCAAUGCUGUGGGGUACCUUGUUGGCAGAUGUCGUCAUUCAGAUGCUUGGAACAGAUUAUGCUAGAAUCCUUCGAGCAAUUUAUGCAAUUGCACAGAUUCGGAUUGCACGUACACAUCAGUUACCAAAUGAUAUCAGCUGAAGUCUGUUUCUUGCGGUAUUGAGUUAAUAGCUUCAUAUGGUUUAAAGCUUUGACAGCACCAAAGGUGUUCUCAUGUUUUGAUACUUGUGUUUAUCACUAUCUUUUCAAUUUUUGCAAAUUGUUAAUAGGUCUGGACUGUUUACAGUUCUACAAAUCAUACUGUGUGAUAGUUGUAGAUACAUUGUAUAGGCUAGUUACAUGUAUAUGUAGAUUUUUAAUUCACGUAGAAUGGAAAUUUUUUGUCUUAUAA